AUGUGUUUCUACGUCUCGAUGGGACGCCUGAAAACGAGUGUCCGACUUCACCCGCGAACCACUCACCAGGAAUCCUCGUCUUGUACGACUCGGGGGACUGGCGAAGAGGGCAGGAGUCCUCCGGAGGCUGUCGAGGAUGCCGCCACAUUCGCUGCUACUUGGAUGUACAAGCUCUUCGACGAGGGUGAAAUCUUGCUGGGCGGCUGUGGCAACGCCAUCGACACUCUCUGGGAGGGAUUCGAGAGCGUCGCCGUUAAGUGCGAAGAACAGAGCGAGGCUACGGUCGGGCCGGAUAUAAUCGAGGCGCACGGCAUCUACGAGGAGGAGAUGGUGGCCCAGGAGAGCCAGGCCCAGGGCUAUGGCGAGCUCCUGCAGACAGCGAGCCGGGAGUCCAAGGAGCUCAUCUCCCUCGAGGAACUGAUGCCGCGACCGGGCUCGUCCUCUAGCCAAUCGUACCAACAGCAUCACCAGCUCCAAAGACAGCAGCAAAACUACUACAACCUAGCACCCAUACAAGAGAGUCCAUACUCGACACUCUUCUUCGGCGAGCUAACAGCAGCUACGGGUCUGUAUCCAACCCCGGCGCGGUCGGGGCCCGAGGGUAUCGGGGCGCCGGCCCCGAGCGCCGGCCUCGUCGUCCCCUGCAAGGCACCCCCGAGUAACACGAGCAGCACUAGCAGCAACCCCUCGGCACCGGAGCCCUACCAGCUCCAGAUGGAGGCCACGGGUGCGAUGGUUCCCGAACGAACCCGAAGCGGCUCCUCCUCGCGUCAUUAUGUCCACCAGCAGCAGCAGCAGCAGCAACAUUUAACAAACUAUGUAUCAACUUUAUCACAAACCCCUUCUGCUAAAGAUCCAACUAAAUUGUAG